AUGGAAAUGGAAGAAGAGAAGGAUUUGCCUCUGUUAUUGGGAACCCCUUUCCUUAGUACAGUUGGCGCUUCAAUAGACUUUCACAAGCAAGAAGUGAUCCUUCACAAGGUGAAUAGUUUGGUGUCAUAUCGCUUGCAGCCUAGAGGUUCAGACUUUUGUGCCACAAUUGACAGUACCAAUCUCAGUUCUAAGAGUCAUGGAGCUACAAAGGUUGUGAAGGAAAGGGUUGACAAGGAACCAAGAGUUGGGAAGGAUAAGGAUGAGAGAGGACCAAGGAUUGAGAAGCCACGUCUUGAGAGGGCUAGAGUUGAGAAACCACGAUCUGAUAGGCCAAGAGCUGAGAGACUUGUUCAAGCCCCUUGUGUGCUUGAUGAAGAGAGCCUUCAAGCUUUGUUUGAUGAGCCACUAGGAAGGGCUCUAAAAGAAGGGGAGGAUGCAGCCUCUAAGGCAAGACCAGGAGAUAAAAGAAAGGAUCCACCAGCUCAGGCCCCUUCAGUCAAGCCAUCUCAGCUCACAAUGACUUUGUUCCCCACCAAGUUUGAAAAUGGGAAGAUUGAGUACAAGAUAAGGUACAAGGGGAGAUCAAGGCCAUUCUCUAGAGCCAAGGCCUUGGUGACUUCAGAACAGUCCAGGGACCCAACCAAGCUAAAGGAGCUUCUGUCUCAAGUCCUCACUAUCACCCUUGAUGGUGGGACUAGCUCAACCAAUGCCUAA